AGUCUUUGUCGCAGGUACUUAAAAGCCAACACCUCGCCUGUCGUAUCUCGGAUUUUUCUCGCUAAUGUCUGAAAUGAAUGUCUGAUGAAUUAGGUUGAGCUAAAAUUUACCUUGAAGUUAAAACGCAAGAGGACAAUGUAGCAACUGCACAAACCCCGACGUCAAGUGAAUCCGUCAGUUCCAAGAAUUCCUUUUGACAGCGUUCUAAGAUUUGACAGCGUUCUAUAUCGAUGAGUUUGGAAAAGCAAGAGAUCCAGAUUAUGUCGAGAAUACACUCAAAAUGUCUCACACUCAAUGUACACUCAAUGUCAAUACACUCAAUGUCGAGAAUACACUCAAAAUGUCUCACACUCAAUGUACACUCACUGUCAAUACACUCAAUGUCUCACAGAAUACACUCAAAAUUAGAUGCGAGGAAGUUUGUUUGUCUCCAGAUCCAGAUUAUGUCGAGAAUACACUCAAAAUGUCUCACACUCAAUGUACACUCAAUGUCAAUACACUCAAUGUCGAGAAUACACUCAAAAUGUCUCACACUCAAUGUACACUCAAUGUCAAUACACUCAAUGUCUCACAGAAUACACUCAAAAUUAGAUGCGAGGAAGUUGUGUUCCGUACCCUCAUGAAAGUCUGAAAUGAAAUGAAAUGAAAUGAACUUAAAUCAAUUAAAUCAGGCGGGAAACAAUUUACUAUGAACUUAAAUUAGGCUGAAUUAGUCAUUUCACAGGCGGGAAACAAUUGAAUUGCCUUCUUUCCAUAAAUACAGUAGGGAAAAAGAAACCCGCGCCUUAACCCCCUAAUUGGAAACUUUUUGUUACUAGACUGUACGCAUCCACGCUGGGAUAUAACAAAACAACUUGUUGAAUGUAGUCCCUCCAUCGAACUUUCAGAAAUUCGAACGAUUCCGCCGCAUUGUUGUGAUAAACUUAUUAAAUAGAUUGAUAUGAAAGGUCGUGUGACAUUAGUGAAGACUCUGUUGGCCAACAGUAUGGGUCUUGUUGGUAGUGGCAACUCAUUCACAAUCAAAGGGUGUGUGAGGAGAAAACGGGGAUUGAAGAACAAUUUGUUCCUUGUAUUCAAUGAUGGAAGUUCAGUUCAAAACCUUCAGGUAGUAAUUCCUGCAGACCGAAUGCAUUCGAGUGAUAUUAAAGAAGGAGACAUUUUGAACCUAGAAGGACAACUCGUGGAGAGUCCAGCUGCUGGACAGACUGUGGAGUUUGUGACUCAUAAACUCGAGAAAUUAUCCGAAAGACAUGAGUCAUAUCCUCUGGCCAACACACACAAAAUGCCCCUGGAUUCGAUCAGAAAGUAUCCGCAUUUGCAGACGAGGACUGAUUACUUUCAGAAUAUGAUGCUUCUGCGUAGUGACGCAGAGUUCGCCUUUCACGACUUCUUCAGACGUAACAACUUCGUCAAGGUCACUACUCCUGUGCUGACCUCAAAUGACUGCGAGGGAGCGGGCGAAUGCUUCACUGUGCAUUCGGAGUCCUAUCGGGAUGCAGCGAAAUUGUCUGAUAGUGUUGAUCCCUGCAAUGAAAGUUCCUCUAAAGAAUCUCACUCCAGAACUAGACAGCAUUUCUUCUCGGUGCCGACGCAACUAACAGUCAGUGGGCAGCUUCAUUUGGAGUCCCUAGUCAAUGGACUGAGAGAUGUGUACACGUUUGGACCCGCUUUCAGGGCGGAGAACUCGAGGACCAUUCGGCACCUCUCUGAGUUUUAUAUGUUAGAAGCCGAGAUGGGAUACGUAGACAGUGUACACUCUAUCAUGGAUAAUGCAGAACAGUGCGUGAAGCACGCGAUUGACAAUCUUCUGAGUGAAAGCCACGACAAAAUAAAAAUUCUUUGGAAAAAAGCCGACCACGACAGCAAACCAACUGCCAAAGAUUGGCGACACGUUGUGGACUCGGAGUUUAUCCGACUUUCUUUUGCAGAAGCCAUUGGUAUUCUCAAUAACGAUUUUGUAACUCAAGAGGGGAAAGAAAAGUUGAAUAUGAGAAGUCAUCUGUUACGUGAACACGAGUUGUUUCUUACUGAUAAAUUCAAACUGCCAGUUUUUGUGUUCAACUACCCGAAGCAGCAGAAGGCGUUCUAUGUGCGGGAGAAUGAAGGCGGUGGAAAAACUAGUGCUAGUUUUGACCUGUUAGUUCCUCGAGUCAGUGAGCUGGCAGGAGGGAGUUUACGCGAAGAGCGGGUGGACAAAUUAGAACAGCGGAUGAAAGAAUCGAUGGACGAGACGUCUAGGGCAGCCCUUGAUUGGUACCUGGAUCUGAGGCGGUUCGGAAGUGUGCCUCACGGGGGAUAUGGAAUUGGAUUUGAGAGAUUCCUCCUCUGGCUGACUGCCUCUAGCAACAUCAGAAACACGAUUCCCUUCCCAAGACACAUCUAUCACUGUCCUAUGUGAAUAACAUGCUGUGUUAAAUAUACAUGACAUUCAUAUUUUUGAUGAUAUUAAACUGAUGCACAUGUGAAUUGAUGAAAUUUUGUUUCUGCCUUGUUUUUGUGAGGAUACAUUUUUUGAUGAACGACAAA